AUGACAAACCCAAUAUCUGCCAACCUCAUGGAGGAAUUGUAUGCUCAGGCGGUGGCCGAUCCUCAGCUUCCUCGUGCCAACCCCACGACAGCGUUCUGGCAGCUCCCUCCACACCCGUCCAUGUCCGAGACGCAGUCUGCUACCCUAUCCUCGAUGACUGACUACGCCAUCAUUGGCUCCGGCGUCACAGGAUGUAGCAUGGCUAAGACGCUGCUCGACAAUACGCCUUCUGCUACAUCUUCAGUCACCGUCUUUGAGGCACGAAAGCUGACGAGCGGUGCGACUGGUCGGAAUGGAGGCCUUCUCACAAACUUUGUACCUGGCCACUUCAAACUUAUUGUUGAUCAUUUUGGUCAAGAACAGGCUGUGAAAAUUGCGCGAUUCGCAAACAGAACGCUCGAAAAGAUGCAUUCGCUGGCGAACUCGUCUGACGAGCUCAAAGAGGCCAGUGUCGUACGUAGGACUUUGGACGUCAUUGCCUUUGAUGACGACCAGUCCUUCAACGAUGAGAAAGAAGGACAUAUGCUGUAUGAAAAGCAUGUGACAGAAGAGGCGGGAAAGACCCAAAUCUUAACUGUCGAGGAACUUGCGGAAAAAUACAACGUCAAGGCGAACUCGGGAGCAAUUCUCUUUCCAAAUGGUGCAUUUUGGCCGUAUCGAUUGAUCACCAGACUCUGGGCCCAACUGAAAGAGCAGUAUGCCUCACGGUUGUCAAUUGAGACCAGCACACCAGUCACGGAAAUUGCGUAUGACCCCAGCAACGCCACGCAUCCGUAUAUCCUGACCACACCUCGCGGUGUCGUCCGUGCAUCCAAGAUUCUCCAUGCCACGAAUGGUUACUCCGGGCAUCUCUUGCCUGGUCUUCGUGGAAAGAUCUACCCGCUCCGCGGCACCAUGUCGACACAAAAGCCACCCUCAACAUUUGGCAACCAGGGGCGUGCAAUCACUUGGAGCAGAGUCGGCGGCGGCGGGUUUGACCCAGCCAACAAUAUGAUGGAUUUUGGUCUGUACUACUCCAACCAGAACCCAAACUCUGGCGAUGUGUUUAUCGGCGGCGAAAAGGCCAAGAUCAACGAGAUUUUUGUUAGCGACGACUCAGUCGUGGGCGCACCGUGUGAGGAAAACAUUACCACCAAACUCCCCAAGUGCUUCGUCAAGGGGUGGGAAGACACCAGCGAGCACAAAGUACGCAAGGUUUGGUCCGGAAUCAUGGGCUUCACCGGAGACCGACUUCCGCUGAUUGGGAAACUGCCGGCCAGCGCGACAAGUCGUGGAGAAGACGGCGGUGAGUGGAUCGCGGCUGGUUUUAAUGGCUACGGCAUGCCUUUGUGCUGGUCGAGCGGAGAGGCUGUGGCCAAAAUGAUUCUGGGACACGACGUUGGCGAUUUCUUACCAGAGUCAUUCGUCGUCACUGAGGAACGCCUGCAAAGCGAAUCAAUGUCACUCGCAACUGCACUUCAAGGUAUUUUGACUGGCUACGUCUAG